AUGACGAUUGAGUCGCCACCAUCCGCCGCCGUAGCUACAACCACCGCCACCACCACAGGGGAUGUCAUCCCUGUAACCAUUCCUUCAACAACAACCGCCGUCAAAAGCCACAAGAAACUCACGCUCAUCCCACUCAUCUUUCUUAUAUACUUUGAGGUUGCCGGUGGCCCUUAUGGAGAAGAACCGGCGGUCAAGGCGGCCGGACCACUCCUCGCCAUCCUCGGAUUUUUAAUCUUCCCCUUCAUAUGGAGUAUCCCGGAGGCUCUUGUCACCGCCGAACUCUCCACCACCUUCCCCGGCAACGGUGGUUACAUCAUAUGGGCAGAUAGAGCUUUUGGUCCCUUCUGUGGAUCUUUAAUGGGUACCUGGAAGUUUCUCACCGGCGUUAUCAAUCUGGCAGCAUUCCCGAUUCUCUGCAUUGAUUACUUAGAAAAAUUGUUUCCGAUCUUCACGUCGGGAUUACCUCGAACCCUAGCCAUCUUGUUCUCCAACCUCUUGCUCUCGUUUCUCAACUUCACCGGUCUGAAUAUCGUCGGUUAUGCAGCCAUUACUCUCGGGGUCAUCUCACUUUUACCCUUCGUCAUCAUGUCGCUUAUCGCCAUCCCGCAAAUCCGGCCACACCGGUGGUUAAGUAUGGGGCAAGUGGGUGUCAAAAAAGACUGGAACUUGUACUUCAAUACCCUUUUUUGGAACUUAAAUUUCUGGGACAGCGUAAGUACGAUGGCCGGAGAAGUCGAAAAACCAAACAAGACUUUCCCAACGGCACUGUUCUCUGCCGUGAUCCUGACUUGCUUAGCUUAUAUACUCCCUCUGGUAGCCGUCACUGGGGCUGUUACGGUGGAUCAAAACCAAUGGGAAUCAGGGUUCAUGGCGGUGGCUGCAGAGAUGAUAUCGGGUAAAUGGUUAAAGAUUUGGAUCGACGUCGGAUCUGUUUUAUCCGCUAUAGGUUUAUUCGAAGCCCUAUUAAGUAGUUGUGCAUAUCAGAUUUUGGGUAUGGCAGAUUUAGGGUUUUUACCAAAGUUUUUUGAGGUUAGAUCAAGAUGGUUCAAUACUCCAUGGGUCGGGAUUUUGGUAUCCACAUUGAUUACAAUAGGUUUUUCUUAUAUGGACUUUACGUACAUUAUAUCAUCUGCAAACUUUAUAUACAGUUUGGGGAUGUUAUUGGAGUUCGCUUCAUUUGUAUGGUUACGACUGAAGUUUCCGGCACUGAAACGGCCGUACCGGGUGCCACUAGGGGUGCCUGCGUUGGUGAUAAUGUGUUUGGUUCCGACAGUGUUUUUAGUGUUGAUAAUGGCGAUUGCUACAAAAAUGGUGUAUUUGACUAGUGGGGUGAUAACGCUUGGUGCUAUUUUAUGGUAUUUUUUGAUGAAGUUAUGCAAGUCGAAGAAAUGGUUGACUUUCAAAAACGGUGACCAAAUUGAAGUCGAUGAAGAUGAGUAA